CUCCAGGGGCUGCAGGGGGAGACUGGAGGACUCACUCCCUGAGGCAUCUCACAGGUAAAAGCAGGGGCCCCUCUUUGGAACUUGACAAUGGGUAGAUCACAGUUGGUCUUUUUAUACUGUGAGUAGAUCACAGUCUCUUGGGAGUUGGACGUGCCUGCCUUAGCUGUUUCCUUCUAGACUGACCAGUUCAGUCACUCUGCCGGCCACCCCACCCUGUCCCAAGCAAACUCCUGCCCCAUAGAGCCCCUUGGGAGGGGGCGAUUUCUCACCAAGGAGCAGGAAUUGGCUAUUUUCUUGACCAUAUUCCGGCUGCAGUAUUUAUAUUGAAGGAAUCACUCAGGUGCAGAGUAGAGGUUUGAAGGAACAUUUCUUGUUUCCCAACAAAAGUGCAUCUCUUUUUCUUCCUCUCCCCUUCUCUGGGGACAUCUAGAGAAAGGACAUGUGUGCUGUGCUCUCACCACCCUCAGACAAUUCCUGCCCCUUGAUACCAUAGGAUUCUGCUGCUGCUUUGAAUAGACAUCAGUGGGGAGACUCAGAGGCCUGGGGUUGCUGUUUUGGCCCUUGGGGGUCUGGCUGAGGAGUCCGUAGUGAGGAAGAAACUCCCCACUCAGCGCAUGCCUGUCCCUCUAGGCCUCCUCCCAAUUCCUUUCUUUUCCUUUAACAGAAAUUGCAGAUUUGAAUGGGCUGACAUUGUUCUUCUUUUCACCAGGUAUGAUGAGAAAAGAGAGAGUCCAGAGAAGCCACUGCCUUUCCCUCCAGAGCUGAGGAACAGGGUCUUGGAAUCCUGUGAUCUAAAUCACCUUGUGGAGGAUGCAAUGAAGCAAUGGGAAGAUGCUGUGUUAUACAGAAAACAGACUCAGAAAGGCUUACCUGGAGUUCUUCACCUCCAGCGAGAACGUCAGAGCCCUCCGAAGAACUACGGCCAGCGAGUGAAUUACCACAUUGUCAAUGUCAAGGGUGAGAACAUCACCAACGCGCAUGAAAUGCAACCCAAUGCUGUAACGUGGGGCAUCUUCCCCGGCAGAGAGAUCAUUCAGCCAACGGUUGUAGACCCGGUUAGCUUCAUGUACUGGAAGGAUGAGGCCUUUGCCCUGUGGAUUGAGCAGUGGGCGAAGCUGUAUGAAGAGGAGUCCCCCUCUCGCAUGAUCCUCCAGUACAUGCACGACAACUAUUACCUGGUCAACUUGGUGGACAACGACUUCCCCCUGGACAGCUGCCUCUGGCAGGUCUUGGAAGACAUGCACACACUCUUGAACUGUCCGGCAGAACCUUGAAAGUUGAGAAAAGGCACGCAGCCUCCCAGAUUUGGCUGGCAGCAUAGUCAAAAACCUUAGGGAUGCGAGGUUGGAACUACAGUGGCCCAGACACUCCUCUAGGGGGCGCCGUUGGCUGAAUUUCCCCCCAUUGCCUUCAGAGCGGGAGGCCGGUUAAGACAGGCACAUCUCCCUUCUGAUCCAAAAGACUCUGAGGAUGUUUUCGAGCCCUUCUUGGGUUAUUACAAUCCCUUUUCCCCUUAUACUAAUGGCAGCUAGAAAUCCUUAUCCCCACCCCAACCCCAAAUCUCUGUCUGGCCCACCCCCCAUGUUUCUGGGUUGCACUCUAAAAAGAAAGCUUUCAGCUGCUGCUUCAGUGCGCACCCUCUGAUCAAUGGGACUGAUGGCUUCACAAGCCUCUAGUUCAGAACGGGAGUUGCAGAAAAUCAGGAUGAGCACAGCCGCCUGCGACGCACCUGCCCUCCUCUGGGGAGCCACAGUGUGUGGCCGGCUAUUUAUUUUGUUUUUAUUUUAUUAUAAAGGUGCAGGAUCGUGGUCUUCUUCCUGCGUCUUCUCGUUUUCUCUUGCAGGGGAGGGGGAAGUAUUUAAAAUGCUUGUAAAGGGAAGGAGAGAAGUGAAAUUGAAGUGAAAUAAAAUGUAGUUGAUGCCUA